GAAGGAGGUUGGGUUUUCAGACGUGGUCCAAGCAGGUAGUCCUUGCUAGAACCAGCCAUGGUUACUGGCCGUGCAGGAAGCCCGUCCUGUCUAAUCUCACAAGUUCUGAUUUCCUGCCAAAUGGCAUUUGGGAGCCACUGAUAAUUUAAUUUCCUGGCACUUACUGUUGCUGGGGAUUUAUUUGGUUUCUCUCCGCAGCUCUUAACAAGAAAGUAAAUCUCAACAGAGCGCACAGUUUCAGUGUGGAAACACUAAUAAGACAAGGAUUUUAUGUGACAUGUGCAAGACCAGCAAGAACGAAUUAAUAAGGAGAGUGAUUUUCAACCUUCUGUCCCUGUGAUAGACGCUCUUUCCUGUAGACGCGGGGGCUGAAGACAGUUUUAAAGCUGCCUCCCUAAACAGUGCGUCGUCGUUCAAGGAGACGGACCCCAGGGUCCGGGCGGCUCUCCUUUUCUAAGCUGGCUGUGUAAGGGAACACCUCGGAUUUCUUUUGGGGGAAAGAGGGCCAGUAAGAGCCGUUCUCUAGUCUCAGAAAAUCUCUGAACCGUGACCCAAGUGUCCCAGGCCCCUUUCUUGGCACAGGACUGUCACUCCUUGCCUCGGUCGGGUCGUCGGGUGUCUGGAGAGGAGGGUCUGUGUGAGCAGAUGGGCCGGGGCGGGCUGCUGGCCGCCCUUGGCUGGAGGCGGGUUCUGAGUGAGAGUUCACAGCUUCCUGGCGGUGCUCAGACGCAGGGUGUGGUUUCCUUAGCUCACUCUGCUAUUUGGUUGCCUACAGCAACAAGAUCCAAACAAGUUGGACAUGUGUUUGUAUAAAAAAACUGGGAAUGGGACCCAAAGUGGGUGUCCGGGGCCGUUCAGUUAGUGGAGGAGCCGAGGCCCCUCCAGCUACAAGGUAGGCACCAUGGCCGAGAAGUUUGACUGCCACUACUGCAGGGACCCGCUGCAGGGAAAGAAGUACGUGCAGAAGGACGGCCACCACUGCUGCCUGAAGUGCUUCGACAAGUUCUGCGCCAACACCUGCGUGGAGUGCCGCAAACCCAUCGGCGCUGACUCCAAGGAGGUGCACUACAAGAACCGCUACUGGCACGACACCUGCUUCCGCUGCUCCAAGUGCCUUCACCCCUUGGCCAAUGAGACCUUUAUGGCCAAGGACAACAAGAUCCUGUGCAACAAGUGCACCACUCGCGAGGAUUCCCCCAAGUGCAAGGGGUGCUUCAAGCCCAUCGUGGCAGGCGAUCAGAACGUGGAGUACAAGGGCACCGUCUGGCACAAAGACUGCUUCACCUGCAGCAACUGCAAGCAAGUCAUUGGGACAGGAAGCUUCUUCCCCAAAGGGGAGGACUUCUACUGCGUGACUUGCCAUGAGACCAAGUUUGCCAAGCACUGCGUGAAGUGCAACAAGGCCAUCACAUCUGGAGGAAUCACUUACCAGGAUCAGCCCUGGCAUGCCGAGUGCUUUGUGUGUGUUACCUGCUCUAAGAAGCUGGCUGGGCAGCGUUUCACCGCUGUGGAGGACCAGUAUUACUGCGUGGAUUGCUACAAGAACUUUGUGGCCAAGAAGUGUGCUGGAUGCAAGAACCCCAUCACUGGGAAAAGGACUGUGUCAAGAGUGAGCCACCCAGUCUCUAAAGCUAGGAAGGCCCCAGUGUGCCACGGGAAACGCUUGCCUCUCACCCUGUUUCCCAGCGCCAACCUCCGGGGCAGGCAUCCGGGUGGAGAGAGGACUUGUCCCUCGUGGGUGGUGGUUCUUUAUAGAAAAAAUCGAAGCUUAGCAGCUCCUCGAGGCCCGGGUUUGGUAAAGGCUCCAGUGUGGUGGCCUAUGAAGGACAAUCCUGGCACGACUACUGCUUCCACUGCAAAAAAUGCUCCGUGAAUCUGGCCAACAAGCGCUUUGUUUUCCAUCAGGAGCAAGUGUAUUGCCCCGACUGUGCCAAAAAGCUGUAAAGUGACAGGGGCUCCUGUCCUGUAAAAUGGAAUUUGAGUCUUGUUCCUUGUGUCCUCGCCCUCUGCCCCGUACCACCCCUGGGGCCAGAGAGGCCUUUUCACCUCUCCGAGUUGCUCCUCCUGUCCUUCUUCCCAUUUUACAGUUACGCCUCAAGUACGGGCACGCAGUGAUCAUGUUAGGAUUUAGCGAAAAGCAACCCUGCAGCAACGUUACUGUCCUGAUAGCUGCAGUUAGCAAACGAACACGUAGCUAGAUUGACUCUUCUGCAUGUUUAUCCUAGAGCAGAAAAGCGCCGACCAUUUAGCUGCUUAGUGAUGUAAGCAAGAAGCCUAAGAGAUAAAGCCCCCACUGAGAUGCCUCUCGUGGCUCAGCUGGGACCCACCGUGUCCGUCACACGACACACGCGAGAGUUGCAGCGGCUGCUCCAACUCGGCUGCUCACCCUGUCCUGUGAGCAGCAGGAACUUACCGAGAUGCAUGGUUUAACUUCCCCAUCAACACCUUCCCUCUGUUCUUUUGUGCUUUCACACCACUAAUACGGAUUUCCAGAAAACUAACAUUUGAAUUUAGCUGUAAUUCUAACCGACCUUUCCCCUGUACUAACGUUGGAUUUGGAUUUGUGGCGUGCUUUCGGAGCGUUCCUCCUGCCAAGCAUGGAACACGCAAGGCGAUUGGGAGAGUGUAGGCAGGUCUGAGAAAACGAGCCUGUGUCACCAGAAUGUCGUCACAGCGAAUACUUCUGGAAGCUUAACAAAACUAACCCAGCUGUCCUUUAUCUUUUUUUAAUGAAUAAUGUUUUGUUUUAAUGAAUAGCAGCAUAGUUUAUGGGUUUGGAGACUUGCAUGAGAAUGUUUUCGCCCCCUCAGACGUUCCUGCGGUUUUGCAAUUUACCCUCCAGAAGUAACCAUAAAACCUGAGAGGGGCAGGUGAGCAGGUGCCAGGACUGUCACUGACAUGGACAUGCCGUUUCCAGACAUGGCAGAGUGGGCUUCCCCCUAACCGUCGGCGGCGGCUGCUCUUGUGAGUCUUAGGACCGUUCCUCAAGAGCUUACAGCUGGAUCGCUGGGGGAGCGGGGAGGCCACGGUCCCGGCAGGCAGAACCGGAUGUCCACGUAGCGCUUACCUGAGACGCAGGAGCACCUCCUUACUGUAUUCUAGCUACACUGUUAUAUUACAUAGCAUAUCCCGAGACGACUUCAAGAGUACACACGUAAUGACAGCGCGUAUUAACAUUCUCGUAGGAGUGGUUAGAGAAGCCGAAGCCUCAUUGCUACAUUUUGUCAUUAGCUUUGAUCAUCUAACGUUUCAGUGUAUCCUUACGGAAAUAAAGCAGCAUAUAAAGAA